GUAUUUAGCACAUUUUUAACCAUUGACUAGGUUUUAACACGGGCGUUGUUAGCUAAUUAGCUACCUGGCUUCGUCCGGUCUUCACCUACAAAUCAAGCCAAUCAGAAACGAUGGCAUCGUAGCGGCAAUUUUUUAUAAUCCUCCAUCCACUGUCUUUUCAACCAUCCAGUAACACAACAGCACCUUAAAAUAUGUUUACUGUCCAGCAAAUGACAAUGUAAAAGUGUAUAGUUUGAUUUGAAUUAAUGAAGUGUAAUGAUGAAUUGCUCGUCAAUCUAUUGAAGAUGGAAAUGGAUGUUUCCAGCAUAAGCAAACAUAAUGCCACCAAGACCGAUCUGAGUUUGUUGCUGGAGUGUCUGAAGUACCAGAUGAAAUGUCCUGAUUCACAGAAACAAGCUCUUCUCACCAUCUACUCUAUCUGUCAACAGAGAGAGGAGAAUGUGGACUUCUUCAGAGAGAUGGGAGGGGUGGUGUUUGUGUACAACCUCUCCAAAUCCAGUGCUCACUCAGAGGUCAGGGAGACUGCUCUCUUCAUACUGGGAACGCUGGCAGAGGCCAAUGUCUGCUGUAAGCAGGCCCUGUGUAGGAGGGAAACAUUCAGUGAUCUGACAGAGUGUCUGAUGCAGCAGGACAGUCCACUGACCCAGAGGAGAGUAGCUGUCUACCUGAUCUCUGUCCUCGUCGCCAACAACAGGUCUGGACAGAUUUUUGCUCAGACGUCGGGCUGUCUGGACAUCCUGCUGGACUUGUUCAGGACUAGUUUCCCUCUCUCUGGCGAGGCCACAGUGAAACCUGCUAACAUCACUCAGCUGUUCCAACUCUGGACCUCUGUGUCCAGUGCUCUCUGUGGCUGUGUCAACAACCCCCAGAAUGAGGAGAGCCAGCGUAUCUGUGUGUCAGCCUUCCCCCUGGUCAAGGCCUGGCUGCAGCAGCUCUCUCACCCCCGCACAGAGAUGGUUCAGCCCAUCUGCUCCUUCAUAGCCAUGACGGUCGCCAACAACCAUUGUGCUCAGGAGAGUUUUUCCUCAGUUAGCGGGCUCGAAACUCUGACCCUCACUCUGAUUCGCUUAGCCUCUCAUGCCUCCCACAGCCCAUUGGCCUGUCAGCUGUCUGUCAUCAUGACCAAGACCCUGUCAGCCUGCAUCACUGACAACCCUGUGUUGGCGUCAGGUCUAGCAGGUUAUGGUUUGGUUCCCCAGCUCAUCUCCCUGCUGUCCAGCCCCAACCUGGAGCCCCAAGGCAGGCUAAUUGCCAUACUCACCCUGGGACACUGCACUGAGGCCUCUGAGGAGCACCAGUCCCAGUUGUUACAGUGUGGAGGUCUGUCCCUCAUCAUCACUCUACUGACUGAGUCUACCAGCGAAGAGCUCAGGAAGGCUGCUACCUUCAUACUGCAGACCUGCAAACAGGCUACUGUGUCUCUGCGUGGUGUGGUCCAGGGGGAGUCCCAGGGUCAGACUGGGGAGGUGGAGCCCCCUGUGGACAUGGAGGGGUACUGGAGGUCAGCACGAGACAUGCUGCACAGGAUCAACCAGCUGGAGAGACAACAGGCUCAGGUGUGUGGUGUUGGGGUUGUUGCCCAGGGAGCUGAGGAAGAGUGGCAGGAGGACAAACCAAACCCCUCAGACCAACAGAACCCUGCAGGAUUGGGGAGGAAGGAGCUACUCUCACCCCUACCUCUCCCCCCACCCCCAACCCCUCACCACACCUCUUUACCAUACCAGGAGAGGAGAGGAGAAAGAGGAGAGAGGAGUGGCCAAGAGAGAAGAUAUGGAAGAGGAGGAGAGAAAGGAGAGGAGAGGGCGAUGGAUGGCGAGAGAGAGACCCCUGUCCUGCCUGUCUUAGUGAGGAGGGGUAGAGAUGGAGAGAGAGUGAAGCGAGACCAGAGAGACAGAGAUGAGAAUCAACCCACAAACAGAGGGCAGGACCUAAUGGAGCAUGUAAGGAGACAGAUAUUCCAAGCCAGUGAGGAGCCGCAGAAACCCGGCCACAGCAGCAGAGUGCGAGAGGGAGAGAAGAGGACGCACACACACUCUCUCACACAUCAAGAGAGGGAGAGCGACAGGGCAGCAAACACACACACUAAGGCAUACAGAAACAUACAGGCAGAAGAGGAAAGACACACCACGCUGCACGUGCACACACUAGGAAACACACACAGAGCAAAGGAAAGGGAUAGGGGCUUGGCAGCUAAGAGAAACACUUAUCCUCUCUACACCAACAAAACCACAGCGUCACACACGCAUGUAAACACACAGACCGAGAACCGCCGAGACAAGCACCCUGGGAGGAGAGGGCAGACUGGUGUCCCGGGGCAGCCCAGUGGUGGAGAGGAUGAGAGGUGUUAUGUAUGUCUGGGGACGGGAACAUUCGUCACCUCCUCCUCUUCCUCCAGGCCGCUAGAGGGACACUCCCAGACACACACACACAGCCAAGUGUUCAAGUGCCCAGCUCCAGGCAAGCCAGGAUUGAGCAGGCAGAAGAAACUGUUGGACGAUGAAGAUGCCCUGUCUGUGUGUUCUGAGCUGCUGGACAGUGAGAUCAGUAAGAUACUGGAGACUCCAGCCACCACAAAUAAACCCACCUAUAGGUGCUCAGGCUGUGUGUUGCGGUUCAGUGAGGUGACCAGCCGGUCGUUCCCUGUCCUCCAGAGGUCCUGUCCUCACAGCUGUGACCUGCACAUGGUGCUGCAGCAGGCCACACACAGCUACACAAAGUGCUUCCGAGAAAUACGCAGGAGGAGAUACGCAAACACGACUAACCAGAGAGAGAUGCAGCGAGACUCACACACUCUGGGACCGAGAGAGGGUGGGACUCAGAGCAUCUGGGAUCACAGCAGAGGACCCCUGCUGAAGAGCUACUCAACCCACAAAGGACAACACAACAAUGACCACAACCAUGUGAGUCUCACCCCCCUAAAGAAGCGUGGUCCAUGUGGAGAUAUCACCCUGACUCCUGUGUGUAGAGGUGGUCUGAUGAGGAGCUUCUCCUCUGUGACCAGCAGGGGGCAGGAGAGCGGAGACGUUAGUCUCACUCCCUUGAAGAAGCCUCGGCCCUCUGAAGACAGGAGAACAGAUCAUGGUGCCAUUGAUGAUCAGCAGGAGACUCUGUUCAUGGGAAAACACUCUCUGACUAGGGAGAGGAGGAACUUCAGCCGUGAGGAGGAGAGUUACCUGUGUGGAGGUAUAGAGAGGUUUGGUCCGUCCUGGAACACCAUCCUGUGGGCCUAUCCCUUCCAGCCGGGGCGCACCCAUGUAGAUCUGGCCCAGACAUACAAACACCCGCAUGUAAUAGGCAUCAACAAUGGUUUUAAAAACAUUUGUCACUGACUUCAAUUUCAGUUGGCCAGGGUAUGGAUUCAACCUCUCCAUGAGAUCCUGAUUUGUCUAUUGUACAUCACAGUAAUAUAUUUGAAAUACUCUAAUUUAAUAUUCAGUAAUAGUUUUGAAGUACUUACAUUUAAUCCCCAGUUUGAAAUUGUUAACUUCUAUGUUGUAUUACUGUAAGUAAACCACAUUAAGAUAUAUUUGUUAUUUAAUUUAGUAAAAUAUUGAAAUAUGUUAAUUUAAUGCUCAUUGAGGAUUAAUGAAGGGUCUGUUCUGUAUUCCUUAACCUUGUUUUUACACAGAAGUAUUGUGGUGCCUAUGUGAAGUAGUUUAAUAUUGUCUGGAAUAGAACAAUUGAAAUGAUUAAUGUAACUCACUUGACGUUUUCAUUAUUUAUUUUGUUCACUGUUUAUGUAUUUCUUGAGACUGAGAUGGUUGUUCACUCGUCAUCCCCUGAAGUUGUUUGUAUUGAAUUAAACUGAAGGGUGUCUGUAUGCA